UCGCCAAUGAUCCAAGGUUUGAUGGUGUUUCACGAGUUUGAUUCUGGUGCACGACGUCUCGAUCGGCCUCUCAGUUUGCGUCUCGACGCCUCAGCACCAACUUGAUCUUCAGUUGAGUCCGCAGUUGUCCGCGAGAAACAUCACACAUAUAAUCAACCAUGGCCGGAGAUCUUAGUGCACGAGACAUUGAAAGGGCGGAAUUUGCCUUCUCAAUUUUCGAUUUGGAUGGUGAGGAUUGCAUCGAUGCCAACUCCAUUGGUGAUGUCUUGCGUGCCCUCAACUGCAACCCAACCCUGGCCACUAUCGAAAAGAUGGGCGGCACAAAGAAGAGGGGCGAGAAGAAACUGAAAAUUGAAGAAUUCCUCCCAAUCUAUGCACAGGUCAAGAAAGAGAAAGACACGGGAUGCUAUGAAGAUUUCCUCGAGUGUCUGAAGCUGUACGACAAAAAUGAGAACGGUCUUAUGCUCCUAGCUGAAUUGAACCACAAUCUUUUGGCCCUGGGUGAGAAACUCAAUGAUGAUGAAGUCGCGGAAGUAUUCAAGGACUGCUUGGACCCUGAAGAUGAUGAAGGACAGAUCCCCUAUGCCCCAUUCCUCCGAAAAAUGUGCGAUGGUUGGGGAGCGAAAACUGAAGAGGGUGGAGCCUAAAGGGAUGAUAACAGAAGAAUGACAAUGAAAUCAAAAUAAUUUGUAAAGAUAUGGAAAAGAGACAGAAAAAAGAAAAAAAAAUAAUAAUAAAUUUCAAAGUCGUGACGCAGACCAUCAUCAUCAAUUCAGCAAUAAAAUCAAGUUUUUUUGAAGAUUCUUAAAGAACAAUUUUGUAACAACAACAAAAAAAUGACAACAAAUUAUGUGUAACAUCGGAGCAUAAUUAAUUUAAAUAAAAUAUUUUAUUAUACAAAAGAAAAAAACACAACCUUGCACGAAAAUAUUUUUGUUGUUAAUAAAAACAAUAGAUUAAU